AACGUGGCUACGAUUGAGUGGUGUCGAGAGGCUAGCGGCUCCAUACUAACCUACUUUCCAAUCUCCUGGCAACAUGGUAAAGCGAAAGAAGCAUGACAAGGACAAGUACUACAACUUGGCCCGUCAGCAAGGGUACCGCGCUCGGUCAGCGUUCAAGCUGAUCCAGCUCAACAAGAAGUAUGACUUCCUCUCCAAAGCCAAGGUGUGCAUCGACUUGUGUGCGGCGCCAGGGGGGUGGUGUCAGGUCGCAGCCAAGUACAUGCCUGCGUCGUCGAUCAUCCUCGGGAUAGAUCUUUUGCCGAUCCGGCCCAUUCGCGGCGUCAAGACGUACGAAUGCGACAUCACGACCGCGCGAUGCCGCCAAAUCAUCAAGCAAGAGAUGCAGAGCUGGUCCGCGGACGUUGUUCUCUGCGAUGGUGCGCCCAACGUCGGGUCCGAGUACUCCAAGGACGCGUACGUCCAGAACGAACUGGCGCUGAUCGCGCUCAAGCUCGCCGUGGACGUGAUGGGCAAGGGCGGGACCUUUGUCUCCAAGGUGUUUCGAUCGCAAGACUACAACGCCCUCCUCUGGGUGUUCAAGCAACUGUUCAAGAAGGUCAGCGCCACCAAGCCUCUGUCGUCGCGUAACGAGUCGGCGGAAAUCUUUGUCGUGUGCGAAGACUACCUUGCCCCGCAUAGCAUUGAUCCCAAGCUACUCGACCCCGAGCACGUGUUUGCCCAGCUCGAGAAGGAAAAGGACAGCGCGUUAACCAUCUUCCACCCCAAAUAUGGCCAGCAAAAGCGACACCGUGAAGGGUACGAUGAGACACUUGGCCAGACAUUAACGAGAACACUGACAGUCUCCGACUUUGUUGGCACGAUGGACGCCAUCCGCAUGCUCACAGACGCCACAUCCAUCGCGUUUGGCCCUGACGACGACAUGUUUAAAGAUCAUGCGUCCACCACCCAUGAAAUCAAGGCCUGUCUCAGCGAUCUCAAGGUGCUGGGCAAAGGGGACUUUAAGAGUCUGUUGAAAUGGCGCACCAAAAUGCAAAAGUACCAGGACGAACUACUCAAGGCGGCUGCCCCCGAAGAAGACGUCGACGUGUUGCCAGUGGAACCAACUCCAGCUCGUGAACUCACAGAGGAGGAGAAGAACGCUGCCGUUCGUGAAGAACUUGCUCAGCUACGUGCAAACGUCCUUGCCAAGAAGAAGCGUGAAAAGAAAAAGGAGCGUGAAAAGAAGGCCAAGGAACGUGUACGCGCGGCUUUUGGCAUGAACGAAGCCGGCAUUGAGCUCACGGACGACAUGCAAGCGUUCAGCCUCAAGAAAUUGGGGGUCAAGAACGUGGCCGAUGUCGACGACGGAGCGUACAUCUCGGACGCUUCUGACAGCGACGACGACAUUGUGGCGCCAGGUAGCCGCGGUACAGCGCAAGGCGACGAUGAAGAUGGCAGUGACGAUGACAACGGCUACGAUGCCCUGCUCGAGUCCCAGAUGGAUAAGCUGUACGACGACUACAUCUCCCGCAAGGGCGACGGCCAAAAGACAAAGAAGGCGGUGAAGCGAACCAAGAUUGCUAAGCGCGCGUUGGCAGGGGAAGCCCUGGUGGAAGACCAUGCAAUGUUUGAUGGAGACCAAGAAGCAUAUCGGAAGCAGAUCAACCCUGAAGAGAGCUCGGACGACAGCGACGACGAAAAUGACAACCAGAAAGCCAACAACCCCCUCGUCGUCUCGCUCAGACGCCCCGAACGCCCCAGUGCGGUGGCAUCUCGUUGGUUUUCUGGCAAUGCAUUGUUUGACGAAGUCAAGGACGAGCUGCCCCAAGUCGUAGUCGACAAGGACGGCGACGCGGUGCCGGUUAUGCCCUUGACGGACAAGGAGAAGCGCCAUCUCAAGCGCAAGGAAGCUCUGGAGCGAAAGGACCGCCGCGGCGCCAAGAAGCAGCGUCUGGAAGAUGAAGAGUUGGCCAAGCUGGCUUCUGACGAUGAAGACGGGUUCCUGGAUGACGAAGCCACCGCCACCGCCAAGGAGGAGGCGCGGAAGACGCCGCUGACGGCGCUCCAACUGCAGCGCAAGAACGAAAAAGAGUCGUUGAUCAAGGCGGGCAUGGGAAGCGCCGCGCACAUCCCCGUGUCUUCGACUAGUGCGUUUGAAGUGGUCAAGGCCGACGUGGAACUACCGGUGAUGGACGCGCGGCAGUACGACAGCGAUCAUGAGGACUACGAUGAAGAAGACAAGGCGCGGACGAUGGCGAUUGCGACCAUGAUGCUCAAGAAGCACAAGGCUAAGGAAAUGGUGGACGAUUCGUACAAUCGAUACGCGUGGAACGACCCGACCGACCUCCCCGACUGGUUUCUGGACGACGAGGAGCGGCACUACCGCCCCCAGCUCACCGUCCCCAAGCACCUCAUGGACCAGAUGAAGGAAAAGUUUAUGGACAUUGCCACGAAACCGGUCAAGAAGGUGGCGGAAGCGCGCGCCCGCAAACGCCGACAGACGCUCAAGAAGGUCAAGGCGGCCAAGAAGAAGGCCAACGACAUUGCCAACCUGCCCGACAUGUCGACCCGCGAGAAGCUCAAGGCCAUCGACAAGGCCAUGAAGACUGCCAAGACCAAGAAAGAGUCCAAGCUGUACGUAAUUAGUCGGCGCGGUCGGUCUGCCGCCAACACCAAGGGCCACAAGAAGGGCGACAAGGGCGCGGUCAAGGUUGUGGACCCCCGCAUGAAGUCGGACAAGCGCAACGCGGAGAAGCGCGAGAAGCGAAAGGGCGGCGGCAAACGGAAAAAGUAACAGUGCCGACGUAUAGAAAAUUAUAAUUUAUUCGUAUACUACUACCGUUAUGACUUUGUCC